AUGCUCGCGCACCCUACGGCAACCAACCUCCGAGCACCGCUGUCGCCGUCCUGCCACGGCUUGCUGCAGCUGUUGGAAGUGUUGCAACCGAUUAAUGAUUGGCAUCGAUACCUCCACCGCAUCAGCUCCAGCUCCGCUCCGCUCCGCUCGGUGGCACUGCAGGGGAGUGGGAACAUGCCCGAAGACGCAUCUGAUGGUGGAGAACACGCCAUCCUGAAACGCCGCCUGACCGACUUCCUGCGCAAGACGGAGCCGCCCAGUCCGUCAGAAGUCGCUAGAGCAUGCUCUGCCGACGAAUUGACCGACCUCGGCUUUGCUAGAACUACCUGGCCGCCUGGCGAGACGCUAUCACCACCCUCCGCUAUAACUUGGAGUGUAUGUCCAGGUGUCAGGGUCCAUCACGUGCCUGAUGCCUGA